AUGACCGUCUUCACCCAGCAAUGCCUACUGCAGAUUUGCAUUACACUGGUGUUGUACAUCAAAAUCUCACACCCAGUUUGCCUUUUUCAAGGAAUCAAGGCAAACUAUCACAACAUGGAACUUCUGCACAAAAUGGGUGGCUAUUUUUCUCAGCAAUGUCUCAGCAAAACAACUGAUUUCAGAUUCCCCAUAGAGAUUGCCCAGCUUACACAGAACAAUUUCACAAUGAUCAUCUAUGAAUUUCUCCAGCAGAAAUUUCAACUGUUUAGCAAAAAUCUUCCUGUUGGUGCUUGGAAUACCAGCAUAACUGAGAAAUUCCAAAAUGGAAUUCAUAAGCAAAUUGAAGAACUAGAGGUAUGUCUGUCAGAAGAGCGAUCAAAAGCAAGGAGCAGCUUUCAGACAUGGAUCUUGAAAAGCUCUAUAUUCAGCAUGAAAAAGUACUUCCAAAGGAUCACCAGUUUCCUAAAAGAUAAGCAAUAUAGCCACUGUUCCUGGGACGCAGUCCUAAAGGAAUUCAGAACGUGCCUUAUAAUUUUUGACCGUCUUAUGAAAAAACACAUCAUAAAGAG